AUGUCUUCAUAUGAUGUGCUUGUCACCGGGUCGGCAGGCCACCUGGGCACUGCGCUCAUGCUGUCCCUUCCUGAGCUUGGCUUCACACCUUUUGGCAUCGAUAUCCUGCCCUCCUCCACCACCACCAGGGUAGGAUCCAUUACGAAUCGGGCUUUCAUCAGCUCCGUCUUGAUGUCCCACCCCAUCAAGCACAUCCUGCACGCUGCAACAUUGCACAAGCCGCACAUCUGCAGCCAUCAAAACGAAGACUUUGUCGCAACCAAUAUUCUUGGAACGCUAGUGCUCCUCGAAGAAUCGGCCAAAUCUCCCCGCCAGAUCGAGAGCUUCAUCUUCUUCAGCACGACCAGCACCUUCGGCAUGGCACUCAGUCCCAAGCCGGGAUCCCCUGCCGCAUGGAUCGACGAAACCGUUGUCCCGGAACCCAAGAACAUAUACGGCGUGACCAAGGUCGCAGCGGAGGAUCUCUGUGCGCUGAUCCACAAGCAGAGUGGCAUGCCGGUACUGGUUCUGCGGACGAGUCGCUUUUUCCCCGAAGAGGACGACGACGAGGGACGCCGCGCGGCCAUGUCCGACGAGAACCUGAAGGUGUUGGAGUUGGCGUAUCGCAGAUGCGAUAUUGAGGAUAUUGUGCGGGCGGCGGUCUGCGCGAUGGCGAAAGCGAGGGAUAUUCGCUGGGGAAAGUACAUUAUCAGCGCGCCGCCGCUCUUCAAGAAUGAUGCGCGUACGCUCGACCAGCUGGACCGUAACCCGGCCGAGGUGUUUAAUGAGCUGUGUCCCGAACUAGGGGCCGUGUUUGAGAAGAAAGGGUGGAAGCAUCUUUCGAGGAUCGAUCGGGUGUACGAUUCGAGCAAGGCGAUGAGGGAGCUGGGGUGGGAGCCACAGUAUACAUUUGCAAAGACGGUGGAGAGGUUGGCGAUGGGCAAAGAGUGGAGGAGUGACUUGACGGCGAAGGUCGGCAGGAAGGGAUACCAUGCUGUGAGCACUGGUGUGUAUACCAAGCGAUAG